UUACAUCAGAGAGAGUGAGAGAGAGAUUACAGAGAGAGAAAAAGAAAGGAGAGAGAGGGGAGAUUCUUCUACACUUCCAACGAGGGGAAGCGUAUUCCUCGUGAAUACUACUUUCCCUGCAACGCAAUACCCACACCCCCUUCUCUCUGCACCUGAGACCCUGGUCUGUACUGUUAUAUAUAGAGAGAGAAAGAGAAAGCGUGUAAGUUUUAGAGAGAGAGAGAGAGAGAGAGAGAGAGAGAGAGAGAGGGAGAGAAAUGGUGUGGGAUGGAGCUGGAUCAUCGUCAUCAGCUGCAGCAGCUGAAGCAGGGAGGAGGAAACCGUCUUGGAGGGAGAGAGAGAACAACAGGAGGAGAGAGAGGAGGAGGAGAGCCAUAGCUGCCAAUAUAUACGCGGGCCUGAGGGCUCAGGGCAACUUCAAUCUUCCCAAACACUGUGACAACAACGAGGUCUUGAAAGCUCUCUGCGUUGAAGCUGGUUGGGUCGUCGAACCUGAUGGCACCACCUAUCGCAAGGGAAGCAAGCCACCUCCACAUGAGAUGGGAGGCACUUCAACCAACAUAACCCCAAGUCCACCAUCUUCAUAUUUCCCUAGCCCAAUUCCUUCUUACCAACCAAGUCCCUCAUCCUCUUCCUUCCCGAGCCCAUCCCGACUCGAUGCCAAUGCAUCAUCUCAGGCAUUUGCUUUCCUCCGCAACUCUAUUCCUUCAUCUUUUCCACCUCUCCGAAUCUCAAACAGUGCCCCUGUAACCCCACCCCUCUCUUCCCCAAAUUCUAGACUUCCUAAGCAGACCUUCAACUGGGAGUCCAUUGCCAAACAAUCUAUGGCCUCCUUGAAUUACCCAUACUUUGCCGCGUCUGCCCCAGCAAGCCCAACUCGGUGUCAGCGCACUACUCCGCCCACAAUACCUGAAUGCGACGAGUCCGACACCUCCACUGUUGAUUCCUGCCGAUGGGUGACCUUCCAAACACUUGCGCCUGCCAUGGUUCCGACUUCCCCAACCUUUAAUCUUGUGAAACCUGUGGCUCAGCGAAUCUCCCCCGAGGAUGCGAUCACAGAGAAGGGGAGAGGUCCUGAAUUCGUGUUUGAGAGCGUUCCAGUGAAGGCGUGGGAAGGAGAGAGGAUUCAUGAGGUGGGAUUGGACGAUUUGGAACUCACACUUGGAAAUGGGAAGACUCAAAUUUAAGCUUCCAAAUUUAUUCAACUAGGUGUGGAAGUGCAUUUGCAGUUCUGGAGGCAUUGGUUUUAGAGGUAUAAGAUAGUAGUUGCACAAAUGCAGGUCUUGAACCAAAAUUUGCUUUCCAUUGAGGAAUUGAAUUUUCAUAUGUUUCUCUCCCUUACAUUUUCUCUUCAUUCAAUUAUUAUGGUACCCUCCCUAAAUUGUUUAGGGUGUUUGUAGAUACUGUGUUCUGUUUUUCAUUGGGAUCAAGAGUUGAUUGCCCAUUGUAGACUUUGUGGGAUGAACCCACAAAAUUGAACCAGUUGACAAUAUUUUUAAAUUAAUAGAUGCAUCUUCUUUAGUAUUUAGCAAA